AUGAAUUUUAUCCUGGUCAUUCACCAUACAAGUACAACAGAACGUGUUUGCCUAAUUAUUGGAUCGUUCGAUGGUGUCAUCACUGUACAUAAUUAUAUAAUGGAUCGAAUCAUGGAAAAACCUGAUCCUAAUCCAAAUACAACUGGGGAAGGCAGACUGAAUGUUGAACGUCAUAAGCAGGUGAAAAUUCUUGUACCGAAUAGUACAGCUGGUAUGGUUAUAGGGAAAGGUGGAUCAUAUAUUCAAGAGAUCAAAGAGAAAACUGGUGCAUAUGUGCAAAUUUCACAAAAAUCUCGUGAAUUCAAUCUCUUAGAACGAUGCAUUGUUGUUGCCGGUGAAUUAGAUCAAGCACGAGCUGCUGUUCAUUUAAUUUUAAAUGUUAUUGCUACAGAUCCACAAUCAUCUAGUUGUCCGAAUCUUUCAUAUCAUGAUAUUCAAGGACCAGUAGCUAGUGUUUAUCCAACUGGUUCACCAUAUGCAACACCAAUUAUUCCUUAUUUAACAAGUUCGACUAUUUUAUCUAAUCCAUCAAUUGAUACAAAUUCAGCUUCUGCUACAGCAGCGGCGGCCGCUGCUGCAGCAGCAGCAACUAUGAUGGCAGCAGCUGUAGCAUUUACACCUGGUCCAUCGUCACAACCAACCACAUCAUCAUUUAUAUCUUCACCAGGUGGUAGUACUACAUUUGGAUUUUUUCCACCGAAUUUUCAAUCAACACCAGAUAUUGCAACAAUUGCAGCUUUAACAUCGAAUCCUACAGCUACUGGUGGCUCAAUGGUUUUGCCGUCUAUACUGCCUAACACUGGUAAUGAUAGAACUCUAUGUAGUAAUUUAUCAGGAGAUUUAUUUUCACAAACUGUUGGUAUGGGUGGUAGUAGUUCACCAUGGUCAAAUAUUUCAGGACGAACUGGAUUCGAUGUAAUAGUGCCUGAUCUUAAUGCUGCUUCUGCAUUAACAACAGUAUCAGUUGCACAACAAGCUUUAACUGGAUCAUUUAUAUCACCUAAACCACAAGAUUCUCAGUCAAGUCGUUCUGCAUUAUCACCUCCAGUAUACUUUCCUUCAUCUUCAUUUAUUCCAGCACCACUUCGAAUGUCUCCUACAGCUUUAUUUGGUUAUCCAGCAAUUGGUUAUGGAAAUCCUCCACCUGUACAACAUAGUCAUUUAACACCAACUCGAGGUAUACCAUUAACUGAAACUUGUUCAUCAUCAAUUUGUAGCAAUUCAUCAAAUUUACCAUCACUAUUUACAUCACCAACUGGAUUAACUGCUAAUAUUGCUACAUUAGCUGCUCUUUCCGCUGCGAUUACAGUAUCAGGUGUACCAACUGUAACAAAUACAAUUACAACAAAUGUAACAAUUAAUUGUACAAAAUCUUUACCAAUUCUUUCAAAUCCUCAUCCACUUGGUACUGGUUCAACUGGUGCUUUAUUUAAUUUAUUACCUUGUUCUCAAUUAUCAUCGUUUAAUGUUACACCAAUUGUACCACAUGUGGUUGUAUCGAAUGAUUCAAUUACAAUGUCAAUACCUAAUUUACCAUCAAAUCCAUUUUUAUUAUCACUUACAGAAGGUGAUAUAAAUCAACAUAAUAUACAACAACAAUCAUCUUUAGCUCCAAGUAUAAAUUCAUCGGCACAAGUUACUGCUUUACCAUCUUCAUCAACAUUAAUUGGAUUUCAUGGAUUACAAUAUAAUUCAGGAUCAAAUAUUAUUGCACCUAUGGGAAAUUAUGUUGCAUACAGACGUGUUAUAUCUGUUCCAGAAAGUGUGAUCAAUAUAAUCCUUGGUCAUCAAGGUCGAUCUAUUAUGGAUUUACAAUUAUUUACUGGUACUGCCAUACAAAUAUCUCAGAAAAGCACUUAUUUAUCUGGUACACAAUAUCGUACUGUCACAAUAAUUGGACCACAAGUCAAUGUACAAUCAGCAGCUGAUGUAAUUGAGCAUAUAACAGCUAUUGAGCAUUUGAAACGAGAAUCUGGUUCAUAUCAACAACAUUCAUUAUCGUUAUCACUUCCUGGCAAUGGUAGUAGUAGUAGUACUGUUGGCCGUCCAUGCAGUAGUGUUAGUGGUGGUCAACUGAAUUCGGAUUAUUUUAUACAAUCUGGAAUAUCACAUCCAUUGACAUCAUCAACAUCAUUUUCAUCAUCUUGCAUUAAAGGAAAUUAUCCAGAAUGUCAGUCAAUAUGUCCAGCAUCGAAUACUGGUAUAUCAUGUCCGAUAAGUAUGAUUAGUUCACUUCCUUUGACUACUUGUAUAACUACUGUUAAUACUGCUAACAGUAGUAGUGGUAAUAAUAUUAUUAUUACUGGUUUGUCUUUUCCGUCAUCGUCUUGUGAUACUGCUGCUUCUGCUUCAAGAAGAUCUGGAGGAGGGAGUGCUGGUGUUAGUGGUUCUGGCGACUCACUGUCUUUUCAAAGUUCAAUCGACUCAGUAUCUAUGCCUGUAACUAAACGUGAUGAAAUAAACUAG